AUGCAGCCUCCGAUGACCGGCCUGCGACUGGCCGAGGUCGCCCCGCCGUCUUCUUUAGCUCCGAAAAAGGAAAAGCAGGAAAAAAAAGGUGAAGCUGCACUUCCUCCGCCUCUCCCCGUCCGACCUCGACUCGAUUUGCUUCUCACUGCUUGCUUCUCACUGCACCCGUACUCUACCACCGGCAUUGUUCCCUCCCAGCUAUCAUCAAAGCCUCCCAUGAUGAUGCUGUCCGCCAGCAGGGCGUCAAGGAGUGCGCUCCGCACCGCCAAUUGUCUCUCACAUACAUCACAGGCCAGCAGGAGGCAAUUCUCGGCCACUGGUGUAGCCUCUGCUCUCUCACCGCACCGACGACCGUCGCAGAAGGCUGGCUCUCUAGAUACAUCGAAGCGCGGACAGAGCACGGCUACUGCCUCCUCACCACAAGCAAGACCAGUUCCCAGCCCAGCCUUCAACCAAGAUGCUGACAGACAUGACAUUUCUCCUCUUCACAGGAGACAUGCUCCGGCCCUGGAUGACUCCUUUGUUGGGCUGAGUGGUGGUCAGAUAUUUCAUGAAAUGAUGCUGCGUCUCGGAGUCAAGCAUAUAUUUGGAUACCCUGGUGGUGCUAUCUUGCCCGUUUUUGAUGCCAUCUACAACUCAACACAUUUCGACUUCGUCCUUCCCCGACAUGAACAAGGUGCCGGCCACAUGGCUGAGGGAUACGCCAGGGCCACAGGCAAACCUGGCGUUGUUCUUGUCACCUCCGGCCCCGGAGCCACCAAUGUCAUCACCCCGAUGCAAGACGCCCUUUCAGAUGGCACGCCCAUGGUUGUCUUCUGUGGACAGGUCCCCACCACCUCCAUUGGUACAGAUGCUUUCCAGGAGGCUGAUGUUAUUGGCAUCUCGAGAGCUUGCACAAAGUGGAAUGUCAUGGUAAAAAACGUUGCAGAGCUUCCUAGGCGCAUCAAGGAAGCGUUUGAGAUUGCUACUAGCGGACGACCAGGACCGGUCUUGGUCGAUCUACCCAAGGAUGUCACUGGUGGUAUCCUUCGAAAAGCCAUCCCAAUGGCUUCAAGCAUACCAGCACACCCCAGUGCAGCUUCCAUUGCAGCUCGUGAACUUGGUCGGCAACAGCUAGAGGCUUCCAUACAACGUGUAGCUAAGCUGGUAAAUGUGUCUAAGAAACCAGUCCUUUAUGUCGGUCAGGGUCUCAGUGCUCGCCCUGAGGGACCAGCUCUGCUGAAGGAGCUAGCUGAUAAGGCUAAUAUCCCUGUCACCACAACCCUGCAAGGACUGGGCGGAUUUGAUGAGCUAGAUCCAAAAUCCCUGCACAUGCUCGGAAUGCACGGCUCUGCCUAUGCUAACAUGGCCAUGCAAGAGGCUGAUCUUAUCAUUGCCUUGGGUGCCCGCUUCGAUGACCGUGUUACCGGAAACAUUGCCAAGUUCGCCCCACAGGCCAAGGCAGCUGCUCUCGAAGGUCGUGGUGGUAUCGUACAUUUCGAAGUGAUGCCCAAGAACAUCAACAAAGUUGUUGAAGCCACUGAAGCCGUCGAAGGCGACUGUGCCGAUAACCUUGCCAUUCUCCUCCCUCACAUUAACCCAGUCGCUGAACGACCAGAGUGGUUUGCACAGAUCAAUGACUGGAAAGCUCGCUUCCCGCUCUCAGCCUAUGAUCGACAGACAGCUAAUGGUCUUAUCAAACCACAGGCAGUCAUCGAGAAACUCAGUGAGAUGACCGCCCACCGAAAGGACAAGACCGUCAUCACCACUGGUGUCGGUCAGCACCAAAUGUGGGCUGCCCAGCACUUCCGCUGGCGCCAUCCACGCUCAAUGAUUACCUCUGGUGGAUUGGGAACCAUGGGUUAUGGCCUGCCAUCUGCCAUUGGCGCCAAGGUUGCCCGACCAGAUGCUCUUGUUAUUGACAUUGAUGGAGACGCCUCUUUUAACAUGACUCUCACUGAACUCUCGACUGCUGCCCAGUUCAACAUUGGCGUCAAAGUCAUUGUUCUCAACAACGAAGAGCAGGGCAUGGUCACACAAUGGCAGAGCUUGUUCUAUGAGGACAGGUUUGCGCAUACACACCAGAAGAACCCAGAUUUCGUCAAGGUUUCUGAGGCUAUGGGUGUCCAGGCUAGGAGAUGUCUUACUCCUGACCAGGUAGAGUCGAGUCUGCAAUGGCUGAUAAAUAGUGAAGGCCCUGCAUUGUUGGAAAUAGCGACUGACAAGAAGGUGCCUGUCCUACCAAUGGUGCCUGCUGGAAAGGCCCUACAUGAGUUCUUGGUAUAUGAUGAAGGUAUGUUCCAUUUAUCAAUAUUCUAA